GCAAUACAAGCGAACAGCAAGUACCAACUUGAACGACAAUAAAUUGUGACCGUAUCAGAUUAGGUUUCACUCUUCACUCUUUCUUCCCUUGCGGCUAGGAUCUCUAUAAUUUUCUCAUGGAGGACUUGUUAUCUUAGGGUUUCCUGGUCGCCUUUCUAAGUAGAGUCCUCGAGUGUUUGAGGGAUUGUCUGUUUACUGCUGAUUUUAUCGGAAAUGGCGACCAUGAACCCUUUCGAUUUGUUGGGUGACGAUGAUGCCGAGGACCCUUCGCAGCUGAUUGCAGCUCGGCAGGUCGCUCCUGCCGCCGCCCCUAAGAAAUCUCAGACUCAAUCUCAAUCCAAGCAACCUGUCCAGUCUGACUCUCAAGCCAAGCAGUCUGCUAAGCUCCCCUCUAAACCUCUACCUCCGGCUCAGGCUGUGAGGGAGGCAAAGAAUGAAGCUGGCCGUGGAGGAGGUCGUGGUGGAGGACGUGGAUAUGGGCGUGGCCGUGGUGGCUACAAUCGGGACACCAACAAUGAGAAUUCAUUCGGCAGUACUGGAGGACCUGCUGCUCAAGGUGCUCCUGAAGAUGGAGAAGCUGCCAAGUCCUCUGAAAGGCGGGGAUAUGGUGGACCUCGUGGUGGUUACCGUGGCGGUGGUCGCCGUGGUGGUUUCACUAAUGGUGAAGUUGGUGAUGGCGAUCGCACUCGUCGGCAAUUCGAACGUCAUAGUGGGACUGGACGCAGAAAUGAGAUCAAACGAGAUGGAUCUGGUCGUGGGAACUGGGGAACUCAGGCUGAUGAACUUGCUCAGGUGACCGAGGAAGUUGUCAGUGAGGGCGAGAAGAACUUGGGUGAUAAGAAGCCUGUUGGAGAGGAGGAGAUAGCAGAUGCAAAAAAGGAGGGAGCUUCUAUUGAACCUGAAGAAAAGGAACCAGAAGAUAAAGAACCAGAAGAUAAGGAAAUGACUCUUGAAGAGUAUGAGAAGGUGCUGGAAGAAAAGAGGAAGGCCCUGCAGGCACUCAAGGCUGAGGAAAGAAAGGUGGAUGCUAAGGUGUUUGAGUCCAUGCAGCAGAUUUCAAGCAAGAAGGGGAAUCAUGAAAUCUUUAUUAAAUUGGGCUCUGAAAAGGAUAAGCGGAAAGAUGCUUAUGAGAAGGAUGAGAAAGCUAAAAAGUCUGUCAGCAUCAAUGAGUUCUUGAAGCCUACUGAAGGGGAAAGGUAUUACAGCCCAAGUGGUCGUGGUCGAGGACGUGGCCGAGGUGCCAGAGGGUUCAGCAACAGAGAUGCAAUGAGCAAUGUGGUAGCCCCCUCCAUAGAAGAUCGUGGGCAGUUCCCAACUUUGGGUGGCAAGUGAGACUUCUCAGAACCCUGUAUUAAACCUUGUAGGUUGCCAUUUUUGGGUUCUUUUUUCGUCCUAGUCUUGGCAGGAAGUUGACUACAAUAAUGUGAUUUCCUGUAUUUCAAAAGAACUAUUUAAUUUUAUGCAUUAAAAAUGUAUAUUUCAAGCAUUUCAUUUGCUGCCCUACCUGUAGGCUCCUUUUAAAUGGUAUGAUGUCAUUUUGAUGUUUUAAGAAUUUGGGGCAUAUGAAAUGGGUUAUUUAUGACUAGAAAUUGUUCUCAGUUUUGUUUUGGAAUAGAUGGAAGACUUGUAUGUAUUUUCCCUUCUAGAAGGAAAUUUGCAAUUUUAUCA